AUGGUAAAAGUGUUGAAAGAAGAGCUAGAGCUCGGUUCCAAAGCUACAGACGCCGGGGACCUAUGGCGGAGAUACUGCUCAAAUCUUGGCAUGAACAGUAUUCAGGAUCGGAGGGCUGUGGAAGAAACUUUGAAGAACUUGGCGAAGCUUGACAUAAGGAGAAGCCCUACAUCUGUUGUGGCAGCGGUUUUGUACAUGAUAGUGAAGCUUGCUUCCAAUGGAAAAACUGUUGAAGAUGUCCAGCAAGAAACUGGUGCUGCCGUGGGGACGAUUAAAAGCACAUACAAGGAGAUUUAUCUCUAUUCUUCGACAAUAAUACCCAAUUGGUAUUGCAAGUACUUGGAGGACCUCAAGAAAUUGAACAGUCAUUGA